AUGCCGGCCAUUCAGCACAAUGUUUCCCAUACCGACGUCCACAAGGCAAUCAAACUGCUGAUCAACAAUCUCGUAAACAUCACAGACGAGACCGGCGAAUUCCUACUCAAGCUCGAAGAUGGUCGCGUCAUCGACACGAAAGGAUGGAACGACUGGGAGUGGACCCACGGCGUGGGGCUGUACGGCAUCUGGCAGUACUACGAACUCACGAACGAUCCCGAGUGUCUCAAGAUCAUGGAGGACUGGUUCCGCGAUAGAUUCGCCGCCGGUGGGACGACGAAGAAUAUCAACACCAUGGCCGUGUUCCUGACGCUGGCGUACCUGUACGAGAAGACGGGGAAUCAGACCUACGUCGCUUGGUUGGAUUCGUGGGCCGAGUGGGCCAUGUACGACCUCGAGAGAACAGAUUACGGAGGAAUGCAGCACGUCACGUACUUGACCCCAAACACGCAGCAAUUGUGGGACGAUACGUUGAUGAUGACUGUCCUUCCGCUCGCGAAAAUCGGCCAAGUCCUGAACCGACCACACUAUAUCGAAGAAGCAAAACGACAGUUCCUGAUCCACAUCAAAUACCUCUUCGACACGAAAACCGGCCUGUUCCACCACGGCUGGACAUUCCUCGAGGGUGGCCACAACUUCGCCAGCGCCGCGUGGGGUCGCGGGAAUAGCUGGAUCACCAUCGUGAUCCCUGAAUUCAUCGAGCUCCUCGACCUCCCGCCCAACGACGCGCUCCGAAUCCACCUCGUCGACACCCUCAAUGCGCAAUGCCGCGCACUCGCUAAACACCAAGAACCGUGCGGCCUCUGGCGAACAAUUCUCGACGACCACCACGAGUCCUCCUACCUCGAGGCCUCGGCCACCGCCGGUUUCGCCUUCGGAAUGCUGAAAGCGGCAAGGAAGCGAUAUAUUAGCCACGAAUUCGAGGAAAUAGCCGUCAAGGCCGUUAAAGCCGUCAUGGCUAAUAUCGACGAGAAGGGCGAGCUCCAGCAGGUCUCGUUUGGAACACCGAUCGGCGAGACGAAGGAGUUCUACAAGACUAUUCCGCUCACUAGUAUGCCCUACGGCCAGGCGAUGGCCAUGAUGAGCCUGGUGGAGUUUUUGAGAGUGUUUUUGUAG